CAUGAACUAACCACUAAUACCGAAAACGGUCACACUAAAUAAAAUUUGUUUUAUUUGCCUUUGAAUUUGGAAUUCACAAUGUCUCGCACUGGGUAUAUACUCUAAAAGAUCAAAUUAAAAGAGCAGUUACUCAAAUUCCUUGCGACUCGGAGUCAAGUGGACUUUGACAGAUUUCAAUGAACGGUAAUGGCAAUGGAGGCGCGGCCUCUUCAGGUGGCGCUGGCGCUGUGGGUGGCGUAGGUGCACGCGGGGGUGGUGCAGGCGUGAGUGCAGGUGCAGCUGGUUGCGGCGCAGUUGCUGGUGGAGCUGGACCCUCUGGUGGGCCGGCAGCGGCUGGAGCCGAGGCUGCACCCAACGCCAAUGGCAACGCCAAUGUCAACGGCUCAAACACAGUCGGCAGCAGUUCAGGCACUCCCAACGAUGACCAGGAAGCAAAGAGGCGCAAGUGCUUAGAGACGGAGGACACCCAGGAUGGUGCAAGCACAAUGAUCGAUGCCAGCAGUGUUCUGAAUAAGAUCGCACACCUCUACGCGGAGCAGCUGAUGUCGGACAUAGUGCUGCUGGUGGAUGGUAAGGAGUACCCCGCCCACCGGGUCAUACUCUGCGCCAGCAGCGACGUCUUUCAGGUGAUGCUAAUGAACCCCGAAUGGAAUGAGUGCAGCAAACAUGUCAUCGAGCUGCAUGAGGAGGCCUGCUGCUCGGCUGUCUUUCCGCAGUUCAUCAAAUAUCUCUAUGUGGGCCACAUCGAGGUGACGCUGCAGACGGUCAUGCCCAUGCUGGCCCUUUCCGAGAAGUACAAUGUGCGCGAUCUGAUCGAUCUGUGUGUGGGCUACAUGACGAAGCACGUUGCCAAGGCAGCCACCAGCGGCUAUCUCGUCUCCUGGCUGCAGUACACACUCUCCUUCACGCCCACUCAUAAUGAUCUCACCGAGACGCUGAAGCGUUUCCUCAAGUGGAACCUUGAGAUGGUAGCCGAGUCCAAGGACUUUGUCGAAAUGGAUCCAGCCAUCCUCGAACUGCUGCUGCAGCAGAACGAUAUCGUAAUCUCCAGCGAGUACAAACUGUUUACGAUUCUGCAGACCUGGCUGCUGCAUCGCCGCGAGCAGAUCGAGAGCACGCCCCACACCAGCCUGGAAAAGAAGGUCAACACCUUCAUGGAGCUGAUUGAGCAGACAGUGAUGCACAUUCGCUUUGGCAUGAUGACGCCGCGUCAGCUCUCGCACCUAUUAAUGGACCCACUCACCGAGUACCACAAGGAGUUCCUAGUCGAGCGAAUUGCCAUUGGGAUGAGCUAUCAGUCCGGACAGGAGGACCGGGUGCGCCAGGUCCGGGCCAGCGAGUGCGGGGAGCUGCAGUUUACGCCCAGGCUCUACUGGAACGACACUUGGAGCGUGGACAUCAAUGUGCCCAACUUUGACCGGAUCGAGCGCUACGUGAACUAUGUGACCUGCUUCUUUUCACAGCGCAGCAUUGCGGAAACUGACGAUGAUCCUUGCAUGACCUGGGAGAUCGAGUUUUUCCCGCGAGGCGUCAAAUACAAUAGGGCCAAAAUGGUUUGGGGCGAAGACGUGCCUGGUUGCUACCUGAAUACGGUGCGCUUGCGUGUCACCUGCAAGAACCAGAACAUUGACGAAGAGCGGUUCAAGAUUGCGGUCCUGAUUGUGGGCGUGCAGAAUCAAAUAACUCACAUUAGGACAAUGGUGGAGCGCACCGAGUACUUUUCGGAAACUUCGCGCGUCAUCAAUCUGGAUAACCUGUUGCCGUACGAGGAGCUGGAGCAGGAAUCAACGUCUUUGAGUCCCCAUCUGAGUGGUAAUCAGCGCAACACACUCACCCUACACGUGGUGAUCACGCCAAUGGGCACCCACACGUGCCGCGAAACGCCGCCAUUUCAGUUCUAAACUUCUCAUCUCCCCAUAUCGUUGACCCAUUGUAGCGCCACAUGUACGAACCACGUACCUGUGGCCACGGUAUUUCACUUGCACUUUCCAUUUACAUUUACACAUGUAUGUAUGUAAGCAUGUCUAGGCAAGAUCACGAUCUCUCCUGCGCAAAGAAUAUAUAUAUAUAGAUAUAUAUAUAUAUAUAUAUAUAUAUAUAUAUAUAUAUAUUGAGACGAAAAUAGCUGGCGAUCAUUAUCCUUCCCUCCUCCAAGAAAGUGUAUUUAAUGUGUUAUGAAAAGUUUUAUGUUUUUUCUCUGUCUAAGUUAAACAUAAACAAACGAAGGCGAUUUGGGCCCUGGCCAUUAUUCAGUAUCGAACCCUAGUGUUUAGUGUUUAGUCGGACACAAGUGCACAAAAAAGUCUGUAAAUCUGUGCAUCUAAGAGUGUGUUUAAUGUCCGGUGCUGUACUGUUGUGUACUGUAGUUUUUCGCACUGAAUAUUUUGAAUACUUAAUCGUUGACUUGUAAAGGAAAAGAAACUCCGCGUUCCAACGCCUCCUUCGUUGUCUUUGCCACCUGCUCAUGGUGUCAUGGCCAUGGCCAAGAAGAGUGCGGCAGCAUAGAAUGAGAUAGGGAUAGAGCUAGAGCCCGAAUAAGUUUUAAUGCUUUACAGCUGAUGGACACAGAUACUCGUACGUACAUACAUAUCUAUGUACAAUAUCUUGAUCCGGUAAUGUAUUCUUUAAUGGCUGGGAUCAACCUAUCUGUUGUGUCUGUUGAGGCUUAUCUUUAUUGGCCGGGGGGUCUGGCCGUGGCUGGCUCAUCCGCCUAAUGUGCUUUGCAUAAUUGUAAGACGAUAUCCGCUGGUCAGGACGGUAAUUGACGGACAGGACAGACAUCGAAUAGUUAUGAACUGGAGUCGGCUGUUAAACGAUUUAGUUAUGAAAUAAGAUCAGUUAUCGAACAGAGGUUGAGCUUGUUAUCACUUCUCGGAAUGAUGUCAAGUUACUGUCUGAAUUCAGUUGUCGGUUAUCGAAUGACUAUUGCACGGCUUACUGAAUUGUCUCUGUUAUCCUAUCAAAUAAUCUUGGUAAUCAAAUCAGAUCAACUAUCGAUUUGUGUCCGGUAUAAGAUAAGCAAAUGUAUCGACUAAUUUAAGCUCUAAAUGUAAUAAAUCAUCGAGCCAAUCGAAUAAUAUUGGCUAUAUAAUA